UUCCCAUUCCCUUACCAACUUCAAGUCCAGAUUCACUUCUCUCUCCCUCAAACACUCUUGACUCUCAGUAUAUCACUCUUCCAAAAAGUCUCUCUCUACUCUCUGUCUGUACUUCUCUCACCUCAACACCAUGGCCGAGUCUACCACCACCACCAGCACUCGUCCUCUCAAAAUCAUAGCCGGAGCCGACUCCUUCGGCUGCACCCUCAAAGACACCUUGGUCUCCCACCUCCGUUCCCUCAACAUCGAAGUAGAAGACCUCGGCACCUCCUCCUACUACACCAUCGCCGCCGAAGUUGGCCGCCAAGUCUCCUCUUCCACCACCCCCGCCGCCACAGAAACCCGUGGCCUCGUCGCUUGUGGCACAGGCGUUGGUGUUGCUAUCUUCGCCAACAAAUUCCCAGGCGUUUAUGCAGCCACUUGUCUCACUCCUGAAGAUGCUCUCAACGCUCGCUCCAUCAACAACUCCAAUGUCCUCGCAGUCUCAGGCAUGUCCACUUCACCCUCCACCGCCAUUGAUAUCCUCAACACUUGGCUCAACACUCCUUUCAAGUCCCCUUGUCCGGCUUCUAACUCUCAACCUUGGCCUCAAGAUAUAGAGUCUUUUCUUGACAGCUCUAUCAAAGAAAUGCCCACCAUUGGAUCUGGUUCUUCUCAGUCUGAUGAAUCUGCAAAAUGUGCUAUUUGUUGUUUGGUGAAGAAUAGGGAAUUGAAUCCGAUCGAUAUAAUCCCAGGUGGGUCUAUGAAGAUUUUGAGAGAGACUCCCACAUCGGCUAUUGUGAGGUUUAAAGCUGGGAGUGUGGAGCCGGCUCAUCAUCAUACUUUUGGGCAUGAUUUGGUGGUGAUGGAGGGGAAGAAGAGUGUGUGGAACUUGAGCAAAAAGGAGAGGUAUGAUUUGGGUGUUGGGGAUUUUUUGUUUACUCCAGCUGGGGAUGUGCAUAGAGUGAAGUAUUAUGAGGAUACUGAGUUUUUCAUCAGGUGGGAUGGGAAAUGGGAUAUGUUCUUUGAUGAGGACCUUGAGACUGCUAAGGCUGCUGUUGAGAAAGAAUUGGGAAAUGGGGCUGUGUGAAUAUGAAUCAGUAUGUGUGUAGAAGAUAUUUAUGGGGUUGAAAUAUUGUGCUGCUACUUAGUGCUAUUAAGAAGGAAUUGGGAAAUGGGUCUGCGAGAAAAUGAAUCGAUAUGGUUGCUAUGUAUGUGUUUCUAAGAUGUAUAUAGGGUUGAGUUUGUGCUACUGAGGAGGAAUCCAGUUCUGGGUCUCUAUAAUAAAGAAGACACAGUGAUUAAGGUCAAC